AUCAUCGAAUGAGCAGUGAGAAUUCAGUUGACAUCCAUCCACGACAAACCAAGAAGCCAAGAUGCGCGCUUUGCUCUUUGCGAUUUUGUGCUUUUCCAUGGCCGUCUGCAUAAUAGCAGACUUUGAACUCGGCCAGCGCCAAGAGGGCGACUAUAUUAUCACCAACAGGACUAUUUUUAAGCCUGCGAUCCCUUUUAUACCUAUGAAAGCCAAUAUCCUCGUGAGGGCAUCGCUCAACGAAGCUAUCACCCAUGUUAGGGUCAGCAAUAUAGGAGGCAGAAACACUAACUUUAUACAUAUGUCAGGUGCCGCCGGCACGAGAUCUGUAUACGUAUUUGCAAUAGGAAAACCCGGCGAGGGAAUGCUUAUAAAAGUGGAGGCUGCCGCUAUAAAUCUAAACACAAUUACUUCACCAGCACCGACAACCACACCGCCGGAAACAACGACGGAGGAAGUGGAGAUAUCCACGAUUCCCGUAUCGAGUGAGGAAUAAUAGGGAAAUAAACGAUAUAUUCGAUAUAUAUUCGAUGGAAAUAACAGCACCUCUAAUAGCGGCAACGAAUGAGCCUGACGAUGAUCAAUCGACUAGAAACGCUUCUUUAGAAAAAUUAUUAAUUUCAGCUUAUAUAUAUAAGACUGCUGUAGACAUUUAAUUUCCUACAACCUAAUUUCAACAUAAAAUCUAUGUAUGUAACAAUUACUAUGUAUAUGUGACUAAAUAUAUAAGAAGCAAAACAAAUUGCA